AUGGAAGUGCUAAUGUUCAAGCAUAUCUUCUUGAGAAGCUUUAUUGGAUUCCAUGGAACAUUCCUUCUGUUUCCAGUGUGUUUGACACUGAAUUUCACAGCAGCUCCUAUUUAUCCUGAAACUACUUUUCUCUGGGUUUCCAAUGCUCCCACUGAACUUUGUGAAGAAAGGCACAACAUAAAGAUAGAUAUGAGCUUCUUCUCCUUAUCAGGAAGCCCGCGGAAACAGAUGGCAGAACAAGGUAUUGCAAUAUUUUAUAUUGAUAAACUUGGCUACUAUCCUUAUAUAGACACACGCACAGGCGAAAACGUGAACGGAGGAAUCCCCCAGUUGGGAUGUCUAAAAAAACAUUUGGACAAAGCUAAGCUUGACAUUCUCUAUUACACUGGACCACAAAAAGUAGGCUUGGCUGUCAUUGACUGGCAAGAAUGGAGACCCAUUUUUGCAAGAAACUGGAGCCCUAAACACAUUUACAAAGAUUUAUCUACUCGGUUGGCUCUCCAAGAAGAUGCAACACGUAAUUUAUCUGAAGCUGUCAACAUUGCCAAGGCUGACUUUGAAAAGGCAGCAAAGGAUUUCAUGCUAGAGACUUUAAAAUUGGGCAAAGUACUUCGGCCAAAAUACUACUGGGGGUUUUAUCGAUUUCCUGACUGUUACAAUACUUACUCUAAAAGCCCUUCUUACAAUGGAAGUUGCGUUGAUUUAGAAAUAAGAAGAAAUAAUGAACUUGACUGGUUGUGGAAAGAAAGCACUGCUCUUUUCCCAUCCAUUUAUUUAUAUACUGGUAUAAAGAAUUCUCAAAAGGCGGCACUCUUUGUCCGGAAUCGAGUACUGGAAGCCCAGCGGAUUUCUAGAGUGCGAGAUGCCAAGGACCCACUUCCAGUGUUUGUAUACCUCCGUCCAGUGUUAACUGAUAAGUCUGAUAGUUUUCUGUCUGCGGGUGACCUUGUGGACACGAUUGGUGAAAGCAUUUCUCUAGGUGCCUCUGGAAUGGUAAUUUGGGGAGGCUACAAUUUAAGCCGAACUGUGGAAGUUUGCAAAACCUUUAACAAAUUUAUGCAGCACUUACUGAAUCCUUACAUUAUCAAUGUCACCCUAGCAGCCAAAAUGUGUAGUCAAGUGCUUUGCCAAGAGCAAGGAAUGUGUGUACGGAAACACUGGAAUUCAAGUGACUAUCUUCACCUGAACCCAAAGAAUUUUGCUAUAGAGAUGGCCAAAGAUGGAAAAUACACAAUCCGUGGGAAGCCCACACUUGAAGACCUGAAGCAAUUGUCUCAGAAGUUUCAUUGCAGCUGUUAUUCUAAUAUUGAUUGUAAUACGACAGUGGAUAUAAAUACUAUAAGUCAUACUAAUGUAUGUAUUGCUGAAGAUAUUUGUAUAGAUGCAUUUCUAAACUCAAAACUCAGUGAUCUAUCAGAUUGGAAUGAGAGAGCUUCUAAUGUUUAUCGUAAUGUCUCAUUUUCUUCACCACUUGCUAAAGCAUCCCCAUGUGUUCCUGGAAAAGACCUCAAUGAGAACUUCAACAGCAAAUGUUCAGUGAAAGUUCUCUCCAACCACCUCCAAGAAGAUAGUCAGAGUCAUUUAUAUAUUCCAGACAAUAAAAAUGAUGCAACCUCUUCCAGAACAAAUUUGGUGCUUAUUAAAUUUCCUAUUGACAUAUUGCAUGUUUUGCUAGCUAUUACAUUUUUAUACCUUUAG